AUGUUUGCAGGCUUCCGGCCAUCGCCUAGUCCGACUCGCCCUAAGGCGCCUUUUGUCUGUAGGCCGUUGGAGAGUUCUAGCGAGGAAAGACGCAUCUCGUGCCACAGGGAAAAUGCCGAGAAGCGCAGCCGCAGUGCGGCAGAUGUGCCUGGGGCUGCAAUCGACCGUUUAAGCCAUAUUCAGCCUUCUCCAGUCUCUCCCCCCAGCCGUAGUGUGUGUCAGUCGCCCGACUGUGUCGACGACUUCGACACAGAUCUCGUGCCCUUUCCAGAGCGCAGACUGUCUUCGCCUGGGGACACCUCGUCGGCGACCGACUUGGCUGCGCCUCUGCCUGAUGCGUCGGCGUGUGCCUUGUGUGGCUGCGACCAGCUCGUCAUUGAGGAAUCGCAGCUAGAAGAGGAGGUAUCUAAGGUUUGCCGGCGGUACGCUCGCUCUCUGUCCGCUUGUGCGUGCCUGCGAAGUACCUCUUCCGGCUUCCACCUUCGCACGACCUCAUCGUUCGCGUUGUCCUCGUCUCCCGCCGCGUCCGUCCCAUCUUCGCCGCGCCGCUCCUCUUUUUCCGAGUUCUUCGCACCGCCGCCACCGCCUUCGUCAGAGCCUCUGUCGCCGGCGUCCACGACCGAUAAUAGUUCUUGCCGUCCGCCGGCUGCUGACUUCUCGCCUCUGUGCCAGAGCAGCCUCGUGGCCGACGCCGGCAGCCACGUGUUUCCGCAUUGCGACGGCGCGGAAGAGCCGCUGGGGCUCGAAGAGCGGCUUCCUUCGCCUCAGGGCGACCGCAAGGCUUCUGCUGUGGAGGAAACAGAUAACGCGCGUGUCUUACUCGGAGUCUGUAGCCAGCUACAAGACGCCCGUGACUCGGCUGCGGCCCACUCUGUGCCUGCUCCAGCUCACCUUCUUCCGGAACCGAAGACAUACGAACCAGAGGGGGGCGUGUGGCUUUCAGUGCGUUUUGAGUCUGUCUCCGAGGCGACGACAGCCAGCUUUGUCGGCCCACAUUCUGCUGUGUGUCUGACUCUAUCUGUUGCGGCUGCGUCCCCUCGAAGCAGGGAACAGGCUCUCGGCGCAGCGGACGAGACUGGCGUUUGUUCCAUAGAGGAAGCUGAGGAAACCACUUUGGACUCUCUUGGGUCUCUCUUCGCAGAGCCAGAAACAAGGGCGGACGAACCUGCGCCUCCAGGUUAUGCCUUGCUGUCGUCCGUACCCGCGCAGGCUGCGCCAACCCAUCUCGCGCCACACCUAGAAACCGGCUGUGUCGCACCAGAGGGGAUUUCCCCUGCUUCCUUCAUUCUUGAGGACACCGCAGGAGAAGUAGAACAAGGCAUUCCAGCACCUCCGGAGGUAACGCCUUUGGAAACUCUUGUCGACACGGACUACGAAGGCGAGUCGGAUGAGCAGGAGGACUCAGAGGAAGAAGACAUUGGGAUAGGUGUUUUCUUUGCCACUGCAGCUGACACACGAGGCGUCUUCACGCUGAACGAAAGCGAGCGAUACCAGUCGCGUGCAGCGCCCCAGGUGGCUUCCAUGAGUCGGACGCAGGCCGCGGGAGACGUGACAGGUACAGACGACCCCCGCGGAGAAGACGUCGGUGAGUUUGUGCGACUCGAUCUUGCGUUUGGAUGUAAACCAGCUGCCACAGCAGAACGACAGACCCCCGACUGGGAACGCGAUUUGAUACUGAGGUCUCUGGUUGCCCUCUCCGCAAGUGAAGAAGGGACGCACGCAAGUUACGGACAUCCGGAGACGGAGGCGGAGCGUGAAGAAGUGAAGAAGCAGGAUACAGAGGAAGAAAAAGUUGAUCAUGUUUUUGGAGCCCCUCCAUCUCCAGGUAGUCUCAGUUUUAUUGAGCACACCGGCCAGGCGGACGACACGGAUUCCAGCGAAGACGUCCCGGAGGAAAAGCCAGAAAGUUCAGCCGGUGGCGAGUCGAACGCAGCUGAGCUUGAGUCGGUAGCUUUUCCAUGUGGACGCGACGUCAGCUCCGAAGUCGACAACAAUUCAGGCACAGACGAACGGGGCUUUCGAGAGUCUCGCAUGUCUUGUACGAAAGCCGGUCAAGCCGACAGGUUCGCCCGCGAGACGGCAGACCCUCAAGCCUCUCGAGACGAAGCUGCACUCACGUUCCCGCAGGAAGACUCAUCGAAUCCCUCAGAGAGAGAGUCGCCACGCAACAGCGAUUUGCAAGAAGCAGCCGAAUCGGCAGACGCUGCAGAGACCCGUGGCGGCAGCGGCUCUGACCGGCACGUUGAGGACUCCGAGAGCGGCUCUAAAGAGGCCGAGGACUCCUACAGAGACGGCCAGUCACCGCGCCAGCACCCCGGAGGAGACAGUAGCGGCCGCGAGGCCGAUAGCAGCAGGCGGGACAGCGACCAGAGUGACACAGAGGAAGACGAAACAAGCUCAGAGGAGGAAACGGAGUCGGAUGAGACAGGCGUUAUAACGGACACAGAGGCAGAAAGCAGCUUAGGGGAAUCAGGGGAAUCGAGUACCGUAGGGGAAUCAGAGGAAUCCCAGGAAGAAUCUGAGGCGACGAGCUCCAGCGGAGACGAGGAGUUUGAAAACGAACAUGCAACGUCGUCGGGCAGGAGUGAGUCGGAAAGAUCUGAAGAGGAACUUACGGCUGUGUUCGCCUGCGAAGAAGAGGAGGACUAUUCCAGAGAGGCAGAGGAAGUCGAAUCGGAGGACGCAGCGGGUGUGGCAACAGGGAACACGGAUUCCGGCAACGCCGCGGAGAACCGGGGCCAUGACAACGAUUUCGGGCUUGUCGAAAAGGGAGUUGGUCAAGCGGCGAGUGACUCUGCAGUUUGCGAGGCAGCUCGAGGUAUAGAGCCUGAAGAAGGCGAAAACGUCCUGUACGACUCGGACGUGUCCUCCCUUUUCAGCGCGUUACUCGCGGAAACUAAGCAGGGACCAGAAAGCAAAGAAAACGACGAACGUGCUCAGCGCACGAGUCCUAGCGAAGAGCUUGAGGCGAAGAGCAAAAGCAGCGACGACGCUUCGGCAGGACGAGACGGAGUUGGGCUGACGGUUGCUGAGGGAGACGCCACAGAGGAGUUGGAAACUCUAAACGAGUUAGAGAAAGACCUGAAUGAAGUACUGGAUGCUUACGACGGUGGCUACUCUUCUUUCGUAUCGCUGGUCUCAUCCGCCUCCAGCGCCGCACAGCCUGGGCUCCACGCCACGUUCUCUGGGCCUCUCCUGUGCGUUGCGCCCUCCCUCGUAGACGCGGAGCUCACACUCACUUCGGCUGUCGACGAAAAGGAGCCACGAGAGGUGAAGCAGGCAGGGAUUGCAGAUUCGCGCGACACGAGAAACGAAGAAUCUGACGACGAGAGCUUGGGGGCCGUCUUCGCUUUCGGCGCAGACAACGGAGAAGACGACGGAGUAUCCGACGUCAUCGUUGAUCAGCUGCGCCUUCUUGCCAAGGCUGCACAGAAUCAGACCGAAGACGUGAGCGAGCCGGAGGAAACAACGGCGGCGAAGGAAGACAAAGGCAUUCCAACUGAAGCGCUCCAGAGAGACCGACGCGAAGAGGUGGAGUCUGGGGAGUCCGAUGACGAUCAGGAAGAUACGCAUCAGUGUGAACACGAGGAGGGCGAUUUCGCUCCCCAGGGCCUAAAAACGGACGACGCAGCGAAGUAUACAAGUGAAGAGGCGGAAGAGGAAGCGAGGUUUCAACAAACACAGGACGAUUUCGAGGGCUCAGUUGCGUCACCUGCAUCAGAGGAUAGUGCACAAGCAGGUGCCGCUGAAAACUUAAACAUCGAGAAGGCGGGUCCACGUAUCGUCGCCGCAAGCAGGGCUCCAUCACGUUUCAAGAGCAGCCCGACGCAAAGUACCGAACCCCUUGAGCCUCCUCCUUUCUUUUCUCUCUUCCCGCGUCAGCCUCUGUGGCGGCCGCGAACACCCGCGCUGCAAAGCAUCCAGAGUUCGCAGAGUUUUCCUGCCUCGUCCUCUGCUGCUGUUUCGUGCGCAGCUUGUGCGCACAGAGUCGCAGCGGCUCCACACUCUUCUUCUGUGCCGCAGUCCACGCGUUCGUCGCCGGCGUUCGCACCGGCACACAGCCGCGCGUUUUCUUUUCCAGAAGGACAAGGCUUCUCGUGCGCACCCACUCCUAAGCCGGCCUCUAACCCCUUCCUGCCCAUUCUGAGCUCGCAGCGGCCUGCGCGAUUCGUGUGCCCUUCUUGCAGCGAGUCGCCAUCCGCAAGCUCGCGCAGCGGUGAGGAAGCCGAAGAAAACUCCUUCUGGCACGGAGCGGUACAAAGCGAAGAAAGCGAAGACCCAGAGGAAACGGUGCUGUCGCUGAGCAGAGAAGGACGCGAUAGCGGCGACCAGCAGAAGGCGGCAAGCACAGAAGCGCAGGGCUUCAAGCCCCUUGCAAACGCCACGCCAGAGCCUGUAUUUGUCUUCAGGGAAGCCACCUCGUCGCCGCGAGUUAUCGUUGAGAGCGACGUUGAGGCGGACGACUUUGAGCAGCAGGAGGCUGAGAGGGCAGAUAAUCCUGUUGCUGUUUCAGGCGACGUGAGUGACGAGGCCGAGAGCGACAAUGCAGUUGACUCUGAAGUGGAAGAAGCGCCAGAGUCAGAAUCGAGGCCACUGGGAGAGUCUGAGAAGGUCGACGAGCUGAGGUCUUCAUACGACAAAGAAGGAGCCGCGCUGCGUCCGGUGAUCGCAGAAAGGAGCUUGGUUGAAUCCGAGCUUGCAGACGAGGCGACCGCUGACCACUCGGAGAGUGUGAGGCCUUCGCCGUCGCCCGGCUCUACGUUUUUCGAGGCAGUCCCGCUUUUCGCGUUGACGCCCAGUGUCAGCGCCCUGGAAGACUUACGAUACGAGGACGUUUGCGCGGAGAGGCUCGCCGAAGGCGAUAGGGCCGCGGAACGCGCAGAUCACAGCCUACGGGCGCCGGCAAGCGAUUUCCGGAGUGACGCCGGAGAGUUGAUUCCUGUUGGUGCUCUUCCGGUGCCCGACGAGACGCGUCAGGCCUUAACCCACGCUUGUCCCGAGCACUUCACGAUAUAUACCAGGUCACCCUCAGAGUUUUCUCGUCAGUCUUCGAAGAGUCUCUUGGCUCCCGGGACUGCAUUGCAGGCAGACCCAUUUCUAGUCGCGGCUACGCACGAGUUUGCGUCGUUCGCCCCGCCCUCUCUGCCUUCCAGCGCGUCAGACAGCGCACUACGCACUGCGUCAACCGACGCGCUAACCCAGGCUGGCGAGCCACACGCGACGGGAGCGGACGCGUCCCCACCUGAGACGCCCGCGGGCCAAGACGAGCUGCGAGCGCCUGAACCACUUCUGUCGACGGUCGAGGCGCCUGGCGAAGCUGGCGCGAAAGGCGGGAAGGAGACUGAGCAUCACAAGGCCUUUCUAGAGGGCAUCGAAGCCGAGGAGGCCGAGCCGAAGCCUAACGAGUUUCGCGCGCUCGCUGGUCCCGUGGCACGUUUCCCCUACGCCUCUCAGGUCUCGUGUGAGAAAGUGCAACAGAGCAACGGGGCACAUUCUGAACAGACAGAGAGAUCUGGAGUCCAGGCGGAAGCGAACCUACUCGACGGAGAGGAAUCGUCACGUGACCUCUGCCCUAGCUUUCCCGCGGCUGACGAGGGACACGUGGAAGACGAGGCCAAGCCGGUCUCUGAAAACAAAUCGAUCGUGGAUCAAGACUCGGGAGACGGUGGUGACGUCGAGCAGCCUCUCUCGCCGCUGUCCGUUUCCCUGGGUUUACCUGCGUCGUGCCGCGGUAGUUGCGCCGCAGCGUUCCGUGCCGCCUCGUCCCAGGCCGACGUUGUUGACGCUCCCAACGGCGACACGAGCUUGAACGUAGGCGGAGUCCUCGAAGGCCCCAGAGACAGGCCUUCUGACUGUACGCCGGGCAGCGGACAAGCUCCUGAGAACGAAGAUCCGCCUGUGCCGACGCGCAGCCUGCCAGAGCGUCAGGCGAGCUUACAGGCUUCGCCGAGUGCGUCGGCCGCCGGCGAGGAAGCUGCGGCGCACCAGCCAUCUGUCGCAAACGAGACGGCACAACUUCCGCGUCCUCCAGUCCCCCGUGUAGAAGAGCUCGCGGACGCGCAGACGGCGCCGGCUGAAGUGAGCGUGGAGACUAGCGUGCUCCCGCUGGACAGUAGCGUCAGCGGACCGGUAGAAGUUCUGCAGGCGUGCGACGAAGACCGCGGCGCAGAAGCGGCCGAACCCGAGGGCAUCGCUCCAGAGGCUGCGCAACUGAAACCCGACGUCAACUGUGUCGAUACAGAAGCAAGCCCUAGACCGGAAGAGGACAGCGGUCUUCGAGAGUUGCCUACCUUUGGGGUUGUUCCCAGUACCCCCUUGAACGCAGCUGUUUUAGCAGGCAAUGCCGCGUCACAGGCGGACGUAGGCCCGGCCUUACCUCAUUCCCAGAUUCUGCCGUUUUCUCUUCCGCUCGUCCGGGUGCUGUCGCCUCCGUACUGCUCCCCGCCUUCACAGAGUUGCUCGCCUGCAUCGUGUUUCUCGUUCUCAACGAGGAAGGCGCCUGUAGAGUGUCAGGACGCCAGGCGGGCGGAGGAGACAGCAGAUCAGGAAGGGGACGCGAAGACACAGGCCAGCGCCACACCUCAACCGAGUGAGGGCUUUCGCGCACACUCAGCGUCGAGUCGCGAAAAACCGGUCGCCGGCUCCUCUCCUUCGUCAGGGGCGGGCGUGACUUCUUCACCCCACUCUUCACCAGCAUCGCCAUCCCAUAUCGCGUCUGCGUCGCUCUCGAGCUCCGCAGGAAACGCGCCUGCUGGACGUGAGCCCACGCGUUUCUUCCCGCCUGUCCGCGGGUCUGGUGGACUCGCGAAGGCCGCGAGAGGCAGACCCAGUCUACUCCCCCGGCGUUUACCGCCACCCCCUCUUGAGCUCACCCGCGUGUCUACCAACGCGGGCGACGAGGAAACUCCACGAAGAGCUAGCGAGUCCUCGCCCCGGUCUUGUGUCGCUGAAUCCACCAAAGAGGCAAAUCACAGCCCAGCGCUGCUCCCGAGUCACGCACACAAAAAGCGAGUAACGGAGAACGAAAGAAAGGAGGGCAACUCGAGGUCUGCGCGCGUUGAGACAGCAAAAGACAUUGGAGUGCUAGAGGCUGCCUCUUCUGCUUUGCCGAAGCGCAGGCCUUCUAGUUCUUCAGCCCUGUCUCCGGGUGUCAACGAGCCUACCAAUUCGACCCCGCGGGUGUCGUCCCGCCAGCCUCUGAGGCGCAUUGAACCAACAAGCGUUCGUUGCAGAAACUCGGCGGUUGCCGCACCGCCGACUGUGUGUGGAGACCUUCGCGCGCUUCCUUCGUCGUUUUCUUCGGUGUCGCCUAUUCUGUCAUUAUUGCUGCGAAGCAUCGAGUCUCAGGGGCACACACCAUCCACCGGGGUCGCAGGACGCCCGUGCGAUCUCGCUGCUAUCUGCGAGUUUUCGAAGACUUGGCCGCACACCGGAGACGACUCUCGAGACACUGUGCACCGCGACGUUUCCGUCUCGGCAUGUCCCCGAUUUGGUUCGAGUCCGCCGUCCGAGUCAGCGUUGGCACCAGCGCCACGACGCCGGGAGCACCGAACAAAGAUAAAGCAGAGAAAGAAGCAUCCCUCGCUCGAGGCAAGGAGACCAAGCGUCGCUCGACGACGCCACGAACGCGACAUCGCCCAUCACGAAGCAGGUCUUCCUUCUCCUCCGCCGACGGUUUUCCCACGGAAAUUUCGGGCGGCGUCGACCCCCCAGAACGUCUGGGUUAGCAGAGCAGAAGCCCAGAGAGACACACCAGCUCGGAAUCAGACGGGUGCAUGCAGUCGGAUAGGCUUCACCGGAGAGGGAACAGAACUUGCUCGACAGGCGGAGUCUCGACAAAUAUCUCCUCCCAGCCAUUUCAUCGGCCGCGCGGCGCCCGCCAGCGCUUCUCCGUCCUCUCCGCUGACCCCGGACUCAGGAGGCACUGAGAGUCGGGAGGAUACGGUAGCGUUUCGCCACGGUGAGGCCCCCAGGCGGCAGACUGUGACCGUCUCGAUACAGGCUGAUACCGGUAUUACCGGCGCGACACCGCACAUAUCCGCAUCGCGUCUGCAAAAUACUCAGUCGGCAAGGCAACGGCGCUCGCCUUUUUCGUCGGCAUAUGCUGCCGCUGCGUCAUCUUCGUACGGCUUCCGAGCCAAUCCAGCUGCUCGGUUUACCGGCCGGUUGUACGAGCCCGCUGCAUACUGUGUGAGUGCAACCUUUGAUCCUAUCCCUUCCUUUUCCAAAAAGCAGUCGAUCCUAGACGAGCUCUUCAAUACCCCGGUCGCCUCCCCGUGUUCUUGUGGGAAAAACGCGUCUUCGGGAUCUUCAUCUCCGCGCUGCGUCGCCUAUUCUCACUCGCUUCCCUCUGCGGGCAAGAUGCUUCCUUCGGCAGCGAUGCCCCGCAAUCCGGUGAUCGUCCCCCUGUCUCCGUCAGAGGCCGCAGAAAUGCACAAGAACAACCCGCGAACCGGCAGGCGGCCGUGGCUGUGUGGCGACACAGGCGGAAACAAGUGGCGGUCGGGUCCGACCAACGGCCGUCGGUGGCAAACGCCUCCCGCCAGGCCGGCUGCGGCGCCGGCAUCAGGCGGGGCGCGGCGAAGAGAGUUUCUGUCAGAGUGCUGCACGGCGUUCUGCGCUCCUGGAACAGGCGAGUCAUCUUCGCCUUACACAUCCUACGCUGCGUACACUGGUCCGUCGCAUCCGGCGGGGGACCGCGGAGUUCCAUCGCCGGUCUAUGUAUCGCCAGUAAGCGGCGCGCCUCUUACUCGCGUCUAUUAUUCCGGCGAAGAUUCAGCUGCCCUCCCUGCAGUUCAGCGAAGCGCGUCAUGCUUUUUCGCCCAGCCCACCGGGGGAGCACGCUUUCAGUCUAAUGGGAGCCCCGUUCCGACCGACGCCGCAGCUGGAGGCGCGGGGGCGACCAGCGGCGUGCUCCGCAGCUACGUGCCCAACUCGCCACUCGCUGCGGACCGCGGCGUGUCUCCCAGUGUGCCAGCCACGCACGUGUGGCGAUCGGUCACGCCGCCGCCACGGCUUCCUUCUGCGACGACAGCAUGCGGGCUCGCGAACUCGACUAGCGCGACAGUGCCUUACCCUGUGUACCAGCCAGGAGGCGGCGACGCCUCUGCCUCAUACGCAGCAAGUCCGUCCGGAUUCCAGGCGCUGCCUCCCGCCGACACUGGCGGACCAUACGCGGUUAGAGGGCCUCACGUGACAGGUGGAAGCGUCGAUGGCACAGGCGCGCCUGCUGCGCCCUACCGCAGUCAGGUGUGUCCAGUGUCGACGACUGUCACUCACCAGCCGGCGACGUCGUCUCAGCCCGAAUCUGCGUCGCACACCAACGCAGCAGGCACGUGGGUCUUCCAUCCACACGGCAGCAUCGUCAACGCAGCUUCCGUGCCCUCUGCCGGGCCCGCCGAGGUUAUCGUCAGCCCUCCCCCCGCCGCUGCCUCCUCGAUUGUGAAAGACGACUCGGCCCAAGGCUAUGCCAGCCCCACAAACCUCAUGUCGAAGAAUACUGGCGAAUUCGGAGCAGUCGGAGGGGAGCGCUACACUGUCGGCAGUGAGUCCGUCCGUACUGCGACAGAGGCGGGCUUUCAGGCUGAGAGCCAGCAAAAAGACGACCGCGAAGGCACCCGUCCGCUGUAUCCGAUUGCCGCGGCGAGCGGCCGGUCCUCUCCCAGCCAAGCGAAUUUCCGAGGAUCCACACCCCAAGCUCCGCGCAGCCCGUCGACGCCCUCCAGGGAGCCCACGACGUCAUUGCAUCCACCUGCGUCGGGCCUGGCUCCCCGCCGCACGAACAGCCGCCCCCUCACUGGUGCAGGGGCGCCGAAUCUCGCUGGAGCCUUCAGCAGCCUCGCAGCGGGGGGGCCCUCGCCGUCAUCGCUGGCGGCGGCAAGCAGCCUGCCUUGCUUCCGCAUGCCUUCGGGCCCGCUGGUCGGCUCAGCGUCGGGCUCCAUGCUCCGCGGACAGCUCGGCAGACAGAAUGGCGAGGGUCUCAGAAGCAGUUUCUCCUCCAGGCGCAACAGUAUCAUCGCAGGGCGCGACGACGGUAGCGAGUUGGCGGGGGAGACGAGGGGGGUUAGAACAGGGCUGUCGAGAACCUCUUCAAAAGAGAUGGGCGGACUUCUGGAUACCGCAUUGCCGAUGCGUCCGCGAGACAGCUCGGCAGACAGUCCAUUCGAAGGACGUUUCAGUUCGCGAGGAGACAGCGGUGGAGACAGGCAGGCCUCUGCAGGAGAAUCAGGCAGAGAUGGGCCUGCGCGGCCCGGAUUUUGGUACAGGAAUGCCUCCACGAAUGAGGCUGCUGACCAAGAUGGUGGCAAGGCAAACGGCAUCUUGAGCGAUCCUCGCGAUCACAUGCUCAACACGCUUAACAAAUUAGCGAAGGUGCAGGAGAAGCUGCACGCUCUUCAGCAGCAGGUGCAGCAACAGACGGAGGAGCUUCAGACUUACUACAACUCAUACACAACGGCCGAAGCGAUCAAGAACUCCUUGGAAACUUCGAUGGCGGACUGCAAUGUCUGCUACACUCGCCGAUCGACGCAGUUGAACGAAGUCGAGAAACGACUCAAAGUCUUGACUGCGGAAAACCUCACUGGAUGCUCGACGGAGGAGCUGGAAGAGCUCGCACAGGAACUCGAGGCGACUCUCUACAAACUAACGGCUGUGCAGACCCAACGCGAAGCAGGCGUCUCUGAAUUUUGCACCGACGAAUCUCCGCGUCCGCUUCUUCCCUUCUCCUCGGAUUGUCUUCCCGAUCCAAAGACAACGUUCAUAGUGCCAGAGGAGCCGGCCGCCAUGGUGGCGGUGGACGACUGCGUGGCGCUGGGCGAAGAGGUCGACACAGAAAUGUCUGACAUUCUGAAGGACUUGAAACUGGCUCAGCAGAUGCAUGUUGCUUUCCGCAAAGAAUACAGACGCAUUCAGAUGAAAGUUGACCAAGAGGUUAACGUGUUCGACGUCGACUUGCGGAAACUCACUGGAGUCGAGCGAAUGCUUGAGGAGCGGCUUCGCAAGCUUUUCUGCCUUACUGGAGACACAGAUUACGCAGAUGUCUCCGACAGCGCGUUGCAAGAUUACUUCCGGACGGUCAACUAUGCGGUGCGUCGAGUGUACCGACAUCUCGCGCUCAGAGAGGCAGGCUACAGAGUUCCGACGUUUCCUGCGGCGGACGGUCAGAAAGAUUCCCCCAGAAAUGGCAUACCGCAGUCUCCUACUAACGGACCAGCUGCGCGAGGCGGGAGAACUGCUAGCAGCGUUUCCCUUCGCUCCCCAAAGACUCAGGAUAGGGAGGAAGUUCCCUCUUUUGAUUUGUUCUCCGUCGUCCCUUUCAGAUAUCCCCGUCGCGCGCCCCAGCCUGUGCAGCGUCGGGGUGGAGGCGAAACGCGCUCUGCACUCCAGUGCUUGCCCCUCGCUCUCGGCUCGGGGAUUCCCCAUCCGGCGUCGACUCAAACCCACUCGAGCACGGCGGACAUUGACGAGCAGAGUGGCGUGGGAUUGUCUCCGUCGUACCGGCUCGUCGUGACUCCAAAGUCUGGGGCUCCAGGUGGCCGUCCGCGGUCGCCGCAUGCCCCCGCGAAAGAGCAUGACCUCGGCGCGCUGCGUCCGCUCCGUGCGCGGGGAUCGGGACUAGCCAGCGCGACUCAAAGGACGGGACAGCCAGAGAUUGAAAGUCAGCGAAAAGAUUCACGCGAAGAACGUGUUCGCGAAGCCAGGCCUCUAGCGCGAGAAGGGCUCUUGAGCGUCGUGAAACAUGCAAUGCGGGAGGAAGGGCUGGAGCCAGCGUAUGAUGCAGGAAGGCAGGAUCGAGAUGGCAAUGCCUCAUCGCGCUCAGGCUCGGAAGGCGGGCAGAGGCGUGAGUGGCGUCCAGUUUAUUCAGGCGAUGUCAGGGUGGAUAGCGCAUUGUCUCCAUCGCCUCGAUCACAUCUCCGCUACGAAUCUGCCAGUAUGACCCCGUCGUAUGGUUCCUCUGUGCCGCGUCGCUCCCGCCAGCCACAGGAUAACUCAGAUGCAUAUGGUGAAUCCUGGCUUGCCGCUUUGCCGGCCUAUAUCUCUCAGGGCUCAGACGACCAUCGCGAGCGCAGCCGAGACUCUAGCCAAGACAGCGUGAUAAUUGCGCGGAGCUAUCGCGGCAGCCUUGGAGAUGACGCAGCAGUUGCGAUGGGGAGAACUGCGGAGUCUCCCUCUGGUGCAGGAAAUACCUUGCUCGGCUCGCCAGCCAACAGGAGUGCAAGUGCGCAUGCAGUGAGCCCACGCCCGAGGGCGGUGUCGUCUCAGUCGUCGAAGCUUCAUGCCGCGUCCGCGUUUACCGGUGAGGUAUCAGAGCAAAUCGUGUCAGAGAGACAGGCGGCUCCGCGUGAGGCGACUCUGAAAGCAGAGACUGAGGAACGAGCUCGGCUCCACCAGCUGCAGGAAGGCCGUGCAAGGCAGCCAGCCAUAGUCGCAAGGGAGCGGACGCACAUGCAAGCACUGAGGACGCUUUCUGGUGGGCAUGAUGGCAAGACCAGUGCCGCCGCAGACGAUAACCGUCGAACGCAUGGGCGGAGGCAUCUUCCAGCGACGGCCUCUGCAGGCGCACUUCCUGAGCCUCCUUCCUCAGUGCUUGCCGCGGGGGGAGAGAGCGACUCUGGGGCAACGAGCGACGAGAAUCAAAAGCUGAAGCGAGACCUCUUAAGCUUGAUUGAGACUCGGUUGGAAAGGAGACCUCGAGAGCGACGGGCGGAUCCCCGACCAGCGCCGCGAGGGACACAUUCUGCCGAUGAGGGAGAAAAUGCUAUUGCUCGGGAACUCGUAAGAUCUCUGCAUGAUUCUCUGCCCGCUCUUCCUCGCCGUGCCGCUGACAAGGAGAAUCGGCAGGCUGGAGGACGCUUCCGAGCCUCCGCUGCAGGGGAGACAGCGCGAUUUGCGCGCAGUGGCUCUGCCGAAGGGAUGAGACGCCAAUUUUCUGUAAAGCUCCUUCGCGAUAAUAGUGUCAGUUCAGAGUCAGGUACUUACUUGCAUGCGAACCUCAUCGAAGCCACUUCUCCGCGUGGGUCUCGCAACGCCUCCGUUUCUGAGGCAAUUACGGCAGCCGAGCAUGCGGCACUUAUGUUUCGCCAACAGGCUACCAGAGCCACGGGAAGUGAAAAUAAUGAUGCAGCGACGGCACUUAUUCGCCAGCGGAAUACCCGAAGCUCCCACAGUGGUGUCAGCCCUGCCUUCUCGCUUGCGCUCGCAACGCCUGGCGACGAUGCCUCCAAAGCGAUGGACCGGAAAGAGGCCAAGAGACACUCCGCGGCCUUGGAUGCACUGGGACAGACCGAUGAAAUCUCAGGUCUCAUUCAGCUGACGGGGAGAGCGUUGUCUAUGGGAGAGAGAUGA